UUUUCAGUUGUGUGGAAGAUAGUUCCAUUUAAAGGGCUUACCACCCUCUUUACUGUCAUUGUCCCCUCAAGAAUGGGUGCUGGGAGGGCCCCCUGGGUGGUGGCUCUCCUAGUGAACCUCAUGAGGCCAGAUUCCUUCAUGUCUGAAGGCAGAGACUCCCCAGAGGAUUUUGUGAUCCAGGCAAAGGCGGACUGUUACUUCACCAACGGGACAGAAAAGGUGCGCUUCGUGGUCAGGUUCAUCUUCAACCUGGAGGAGUACUUACAUUUUGACAGUGACUUGGGGGUGUUUGUGGCGCUGACGGAGCUAGGGGAGCCUGAUGCUGAGCAGUGGAACAGACGUUGGGACCUCCUGGAGCAGAGCCGAGCCUCUGUGAACAUGGUCUGUAGGCAGAACUACAAGCUGGGGGCCCCCUUCACCGUGGAGAGAGAGGUACCACCGGAGGUGACAGUGUUCCCAGAGAGGACUCCGCUGCUGCAGCAACACAACCUGCUGCUCUGCUCUGUGACAGGCUUCUACCCCGGGGACAUAAAAGUUAGGUGGUUUCGGAAUGGACAGGAGGAGAGGUCUGGCAUCAUGUCCACUGGACUUGUUAGGAAUGGAGACUGGACCUUCCAGAUGACAGUAAUGCUGGAAAUGAUACCACAGUUUGGAGACAUCUACAGCUGCCUCGUGGAACACCCCAGCCUCCAGAGCCCUGUUUCUGUGGAGUGGAUGGCUCAGCCUGAAUAUCCAUGGAAAAAGAUACUGAUUGGAGGUGCAGCACUCCUGCUUGGGCUAAUUGUCUUCCUGGUGGGUGUUGUUAUCUACUUCAAGGCUCGGAAAGCAUCUGUGGAGACCCAGUCAGACCAUGAGGUCUCAAGAGCUUAUCCACCUCAUUCCCAGUAAGAUCCUAAUGGAAGCUUCCCCUAUAGAGCCUGAAGAAGUAUUAAAAGCCUGAGGCCCUAGGUUGGGUAAAGAAGACUGGCUCUAGAGUCAUGGGAUGUAGUCAUGCAUCUUCCCAUUAGGUCCUUCUCCCUCCUGUCUGUACUUCAGUAGUCUCCAUUUCCAGGACACUGUCCAGAAAUUCCCUUAGACCCAAUUCACUCUAGUCCCAAGAGUUUUUGGUCUGUGUGGUCUGACCCUAACCCUGUGAGUGGGGAAUCCCCAGUCUUUCUGUCUUCCAACCAUAGCUUACAGUCUUCUAGAGAGUUACUUUAAAAUCCCUUGUAUUGUAAAAUAAAACAGGAACAGAUAAUUGUAGUGGAUGUAUAAUUCAAUGACUUGUUUAAGGCAAAAACCUUGUAAUCACCAGCUCAACAAGACACAGACCUUGGAAGCCUCUGUUGAAGUCAUCAUGAUGUGCCUUGGCCAAUAAACACCUGCAGGCACACACUAUACACAUGGGUUUUUGUAAACAGCCUCUUAGCCAAGUGUACAUUUCUGAGUACCACACUCCAGUCUUUGUUGUCUCUUAGCCUUCCAGAUGUUUUACUUGAUCCCUUCUUUCUGUUAAGAUUAAAUUUGGUGAGAAGCCUGAGUUGCCUAUGGUGAAGAGUUUCUCACACUUGGAUUUUGUUGCCUGCACACACAUUCUUUUGCCCUUUAUAGUUUCUGUAAGUUAGCACCUGAUGCAGAGGUGAGGGUCAGGUUGUUUUCAUUCUUUUGGUGUCUAUAGGAGGCCAUGUCUUUAUCUGUAGUCACAUUUAAUCUCCCCAUUUCUCUUCUCAUGAUGUUACAAUAACCAUUGAUGCUAAUUGUUCAGAUCUGGUAAUUUAAAAGGGAUUGCUACAUUGUGACAGUCCAAUUCUAGGAUUCUUUCUUCAUUUAUUAUGUAUUGUUUGCUCUAUUCACUGUUAUUUGCACUAGAAGUUCAAAGUCUAUGAUGGGAAAACUGUGGGUGUCUUGCUGUGAUUCCUGCACUGGAGUUGUGUUCACUGUUGUGUUCACUGCUGCACACUUCUAAAACAAAGAACUAAUUUCACCUAAUAGUGACCCUAGUAGCGCAAUGAAAUUCACUGGCUUUCAUAAGUCUUGAUACUCAAGUAACAGUCUUUUUAAUAAUUUCACAAAAUUAGAAGUAUUUCUGUUGUAUGCAGAUGGAAAGGCAGCUGUAAAAAUAUGAGUUAUGAGUGGAACAGCAAUUCCCUUGAAUAAACCAUCAUUUUGUUUUAAA